AUGGAGAACAUACAAGAGAUCUUAAAAGCAGCGACAGAAUAUUUGUCACUGGGAAAUGUUAAGGAUGCAUACUUUGCUUAUAUGAAUGCACUUGAAGUAGCUUCAAAAGAGUUGAAUAACAUUAAAUUUGUAAAUAAUGUCGUGGCAUCAAAACCUGUGUCAUAUUCUUCGCUCUUUACAAUAUCUCGGACGUGCUUAACAUAUGCCGAAGAUAUAAUUACCAAAAAUCAAACUGUUCCUACAUCAUCAAGAAAAAAUCCAAAUCUUAACAUAGCCAUAUAUCCUCCUACACCACAACAAGCAGAACAUCCUCUUGAUCCACAAAAUAAAGCACCUCCAAUACCUCCAAAACCAACUCGCAGGUCUGCAAGGUUGAGCGAUGGCGGGUCAUCUCAAAACUCACCAAAAAGCGAUCAACCAACUUCUCCGAUUACGAAACCACCUCUACCUCCGAAGCCUGUUCGUAGACCAAGUAUGAAAAGGCAUUCUGGUGAUAUUGAAGUUUCGGCUGAUAGUAACGAUACACAUGCUGUUUGUGAUGACGACAGUUCGGACUCCGAUGAUGAAGAUGACAGUUAUAUACGUGGACGUGGAUCUUUUCAUCGUAGAUCUGACCCAUCUUUAAACUCUUCUCAUACGUUGCAUCGGAGAAGAUCUUCGUCCCCCAGUGUUGCUGCUUCUGCUUCAAAGAGAAGAUCAACAAUAAAUGGUUCGAUAACUGACUCUCCUACAGAUGAAGAGAGUCCUUAUUCUUCUCAUUUGACUUCACCUGCUACUCCUGCGUCUUUUUACGGUUCAUUAUCUGUUCCAUCAACAUUACCAAAUUUAUUUGAACGUCCAAAAAUGAUCAAUGUUAUACCGGAAGGUGCUGUAGAUCCAAAUAACUUGGUGACGGCUACAACUCUUAUUGAAGAUAAUACUCCAAGUUCUCCUUCUUCUUCUCAAUAUGUGGAUCAUGUCCCAGAUAUUCCUUCUUCUCCUUUAUUAACUCAACAUGCUCAAUUGGAACAAAAAAUACAGACUUUGGAAUCAAAAUUAGCAGAGUAUCGUGCGAUAACGAAAAUGAGGGAAGAGGGUCAUACUGAUGAUAAAGAUCGACAAGGAUCUGAAUUGUCGGAUGAAGAAAUCAAGGAAGCUAUCGGAAAGUACAGUUCAACAGUGGCCAGUUUUAAACAAUCAAUAACGAGAUCUCGUAAACUUGUGUAUAAAGCGGCUUCCGAUCCAGAUAUCUUGGAGUUUGCCCCUCAUUUGAUAGCUUAUCAAUUAACUCUUAUAGAAUCCGCUAUCUUUUUGGAAAUUGACCCAUAUGCAUUACUUUCUCAUUCUGCUAAAAAUCCGGAUCCAAAAAUUACUGCUUCAACUGACUUUUUCAAUUAUUUGACUCGUAUUAUAGAACGUUCUAUUUUAUUACCAUCAGAAGCUUCUUUACGUGCUCAAAUAAUAAAUCAUUGGGUUAAAGUAGCUGGAAAAUUGAAUGAACUGUAUAAUUUUCAGACUUUAAAAGCGGUUUUGUCCGCGUUAGGUACUACCCCUAUUAAAAGACUAAAAAGAACUUGGGCUUGUAUUCCAAAAAAGAGUAUGGUUAAAUUGGAAGCUCUUAAUGAAAUGAUGAGUGAAGCAAGGAAUUAUGGUAAAUAUCGAGAAACGAUACAACGUGAUGGAUUCUUGAGAAAACCGACUAUACCAUUUUUAGGUACUUUUAUUAUGGAUGCUACUUACCUUCUUGCCGCUAUAAAAUGUUCUUCAAAUUCUUCUUCCAUUCCAUUGUCUAAUAACGUUCAAUCUCCUGUUGCGUCUCGUUCGGUGUCUUCUCCCACGGGGAUACAUGAUGAUUCCCGUGUUCAAGAAAUGUUACAAACUAUGCAUCGUUAUCAAAACGGUCCAAAAUAUUAUUCUUCUCCUCCUUCUUCUUAUAUAAAAGCUUCGACAAAACAUCAUUUUCGCACUUCAAGUAUAAGUGCUGCUUUGCAUAGAACUGGUGCAAAUAAAUAUUACCAUAGAAAUGAUGAUGAUGAUGAAUUGAUUGAAGAAAAGCAACAAUUGAUAACGCAUUAUUUAUUGACGCGCGUCUGGAUUCCGCAAAAGAGUGUUGAUGAAUUAAGUUCCCUACGUGAACCUCAUAAAAAUUCUUAUAGUAACAAUAGUCGAGCACCGACUACCACAUCAUGGAGUGGAACUCCAAGUGGCACAGUUUCGAAUACCAAUGGUGCUCAACGUGGAAGUACCGGAAGUACUGGUGGUGGGAGUGGUACAAGCACAAGCACUAACACGAGCAGUGGUGUAGGGAGGACGAGUUCAACCAGUGGUAGUGGUGAAUCACGACCGCAUAGCGAAGAAGUAGUGGAUACAGUUUCGAUUGCAUCAACUACUACAAAAUCAGAUAGGGCUGGGCCCAUUUCAGACAAAGAAAGUGGUAGUAUAAAGGAAAAAAGAAACAUCACUGAGAAAGUUGGAAGCUUCUUAUUUGGUUCUCGAAGUAGUUUGGAUAAAACACGAGACGAAAAGGAAAAAGAGGAAAAGAACAAAAACGGGGAUGCAGAUAUUGAUUCUUUAUAUGAUGAUUGCUCCGAAGAAAUUGUUAGAUCCCAAUCUGAACAAACUAGCAAUAAAAGAGCAAGUUGGCGUGCCAUGAGGGUUAUGUUUGGAGGGCAUGAAAGCGGUGAUUCAUUAAAGAGUCCUACCGCUAUGAUAAGAUCAUCUUCUCAUUCCAGAAGUUCAUCCAGUGGAGAAUUGAAUCAAAAGAAUCAUGCCACAGCUUUUAUAAAAGCACAUGGGCGUACAUCCUCAGUCAAUUCUAAAUCUAUUACAUCACGUAGGUCAUUAGAAGAACCACGUUCUUCUGCACCUCCCCCGUUACUUCCAAAACCAACAACUCUGAUGCAACGCAGUUCAAGUGCUUCAUCUGCAAAUAGCAUGGGUUCAAGCGCUACUGCAACAAAUAUUUCUGGGAAACGGAGUAGUAUUGGCAAUACUAUAACACUUGGAGGUGGGGAUAUUGAAGGGUUUGAAAAUAUACGAAUGGUUCUUGCAAAGAAAGUUGCAAAUGAGGUCGCAGCUGGUGGUGUAACUUUAGAAAGGAAUUGGCAGUGA